UCCGUUCAGUAAUCUGUCUAUGGGCGGUUGUCAACUCAUUCAUAACUAGUGACACAUUUACACGGCGCGCUCUCGAGAGGUUCACUUGAGCAGUGGUAUGGUAUCCGCGAUUAGUUAGUUAGUUAGUUAGUUAGUUAGCUCCACAAGUCCAAGUCUGCGUUCUCCGAAAGCGUUAUUGCACAACGAGCCAGAGCGCUGAGAUACCUUCACUCCCUCUCAAAAGGACUCAGCUGCACAUUGCAGUAGAAAGUCACACCGACUUCCGGGGAAGUGUUAUAUUUUUGCCAAAUGUUUUUUUAGACCCCAGUGUUUUGGGGGUUUUUUUUCCCCCUUUUUUUCUAAGGGGGUUGACGUGACGCCACGGUGGGACUGGCUUUCCUCCACUCUGCUUGCAUUCAUAAACGGAUAUGAUAGAACAGCACUGAAUGCACCGGAGCAGCGGCAACAACACUCGGCGCUGACCAUGGCGGAAGAGGACGACGCUAGGAUUCGGAUUUUACAGAGUCUGCGGGGUAAAAUAUGUGAAGCCAAGAACCUAGGUCCAGUUUCAGGUCCAAAUCGACUAAAGGAUCUCUGUACAUUUUGCACCAUAAGCCUGGACCAGGAGGAAGUGUUUCGCACCAAGGUGUUUGACAAAAGCAUCACCCCUUUUUAUGGAGAAGAUUUCUUCUUUGAGAUCCCGCGGCCAUUUCAGUUUUUAUCCUUUUAUGUUUAUGCCAAGGGCGUUUUCCAAAGGGACCUACCUGUUGGCAAAGUGUCAAUCCGGAAGGAUGAUCUAUGUAAAUAUAGCGGAAAGGACGAUUGGUUUAACCUCCAGCCUGUAGAUCCAAACACAGAAGUUCAGGGUAAAGUUCACCUGGAAAUGCGACUGAAUGAAGUGAUCACAGAUCACGGCUCCACUGGUCAACACUUACUUGUCAAAAUAAUUGAGUGCAAAGAACUGCCUUUGAUCAGUGGCCAGAACUGUGACCCAUACGCCACCGUGUCUCUUGUUGGACCUGCCAGAUCAGACCAAAAGAAAACAAAAGUAAAGAAGAAAACCAGCAACCCAUAUUUUGAGGAAACCUUUUUCUUUGAGGUGACACGGUCCAGCAGCUACUCUAGAAAAUCACAGUUCCCUGUGGAGGAGGAGGACAUUGAAAAGCUUGAGAUCAGAGUGGAUCUGUGGAACAAUGAAAAUCUGGCUCAGGAUGUGUUUCUUGGAGAAACGAGAGUUCCUGUCAAGAUCCUUCAGAGCGACCACAUGCACAAAGCCUGGUAUCUCCUCCAGCCUAAAGGGACAGGCAGCAAGUCCAAGUCUGAUGAUUUGGGACAACUGCGUUUGAAGCUCACUUACAUUGAAGACACGGUGCUGCCCUCUACCUGCUACACACCUCUCUGCAACUUGCUGCUCAAAUCCCCCGAUGUGAAGCCCAUCUCGGCAUCAGCAGCACACAUCUUGGGGGACAUCUUCAGAGAGCGAUACGAGGCCGUUCUGCCCAUGGUCCGGCUGCUGCUCUACCACAGCCGUUUUGUGCCUUUCGUCUCUGCUGUGGCGGCUCUGGAGCUGGACAACACUCAGGAGGCUAACACUAUAUUCCGAGGCAACUCACUGGCAACUCGCUGCAUUGACGACAUGAUGAAGAUCGUGGGAAAGAGUUACUUGGCUGUUACAUUGAAGCCGGUUAUUGAUGAGAUUUGUGACUCCAACAAAACAUGUGAGAUAGACCCCAUUAAGCUAAAGGAAGGUGACAACGUGGAGGUCAACAAGGAAAAUCUUCAGGUUUAUGUCCAGAAGGUUUUCUCCUCCAUCACUCAGUCCAGCUCCAACUGUCCUCCUCUGAUGUGUGACGUCUUCAGAUCGCUCAGACAUCUCGCCUGCAAACGCUUCCUAGGCGACCCACAUGUUCAGUACUCUGCUGUGAGCAGCUUUGUGUUCCUGCGCUUUUUCGCUGUGGCAGUUCUCUCCCCGCACUCGUUCCAGCUCCGAUCGCAUCACCCCGAUCCUGAGAUCGCCCGCACACUCACUCUCAUCUCAAAAACUAUUCAGACUCUUGGCAGCUGGGGUAGUUUGUCUAAAAAACUGUCCAGUUUUAAAGAAAGCUACAUGUACGACUUCUACAAGUCAUUCCAAGAAGAAAAGUGCAUUGAAAAAGUUAAAAAGUUUCUUGACGAAAUCUCGUCCAACGUGAGUAAAGAGUCCAGCAGACAGGAGGACGCUGUGGUUCUGAAGGAGGGGGAAGUGCAGAAACGUACCCAAGGAAAGAAGAACUUCUCUAAGAGAAACUUUAAGAAGAGAUGGCUGAGAGUGACCAACAGGGAGCUCUCCUACCACAAACGUAAAGGGAAAGAGGCCCUCUGCACCAUCAGCGUCAAAAACAUCCAGGCGGUGGAGAAACUCGAUGAAAGUGCCUUUAACCGCAAAAAUAUGUUUCAGGUGGUCCUCUCAGAGAAGCCGCUCUACGUUCAGGCAGGAAACUGCGUGGAGGCCAGCGAGUGGCUGGAGAUCCUGGGCCAGGUCAGCCGCUGCAACGAGGGACGCUUGACCACUUACCACUCGUCGAAUUACACCGCUGGAGCGUGGCAGUGCUGCAAAAACCAGAGCAGCAGCGCUCCCGGCUGUAAGCCCUGCACAAUCACCAUGCUGGCCAACCUGCAGCUGGACAUCGACUGUGACCGGGAAGCAGAGAGAAUCUUCUCCCUCCUCUCAUCUAAUGAAUCCAAGCUACAAAACAUGGAAGAUGCGUGUGCCAGCAUGGCGGUGUACCAGGGCCCUCAGAGGGAACAGGAGGAGUACUCCAAGUUCACCAUUCAGGAACCCAAAGAGACUUUUCAGACCCUCAAACAGCUCCGAAACGUCAUGGAGGAGCUGCAGAGGCAGCACAACAGCAGGAAUAACAUCACUGCACAGUACGGAAGCCUUGACAACCCCAUAGUAGGGAAAACCUCUUAGCCUGGGUGGGCCGGUGUGGCCUGAAACAGCCCCGCCAGCAGGGGUCAGUGCACCACAGAGGACCACGAAAAGCCCACGAAGAUGUCCGAGCAAGUGACGAGGAGAAUGAUAUACACCCUGACCUCCACACGUUUAGUCCACUAUGAAUGAACCUUUUUUUUUUUUUUGUGGGCUGCGCUGCAGACUGAUUCUUCAUGUAUCCACAGAGGCAUCACUAGAUGGUGUGUGAAUAGGCUGCUAUAUAUAUAAAUAUAUAUAUAUGUGUGUAUUUUUAAAAUCUACUCUGUUUUAUAUCAACAGCUGUGAUGAUGAUCACUCCCUCCUUAUUUUUAAAUGUUUUUAAAACCUCAGUUCAAUAACAAUCAUCACUCUGGAGGAUCAUCCUCUUGUUUGUGCCCCUCAAAUCGUUUAGUGUCCUUCUUCUGAACAAAUGUAUGUGUGUUUUAUAAAAAAAACCAAUCUGCCUUACUGAUGGAGAUUCUUUUCACAUUUAAUACUGAGGAAACAAUGCAAACGCACUUUAAAUAUUUGGAGCUGUCCGAAUGGAAAUGAUUAGAUACUUGGUAUCAGCUUUAUGAUCAUUACAUGAUCCUGAGUACAUAUUUUUUUUGUUUCACUCCUGUACAAUAACGUUGAAUGCCUGUUAAAUAUAUAUAUAUAUAUAUAUGUUAAGAUAUUUUUG